AUGGAUGUUGUAACUAAUCCAUCUCUUGGUCCGAUAAUGGAAAUCCUUUCUCAGACUAUAGAGGCCAUCAUUGAGAUAGCAAUUACUUCUAAGGAUGUCCUCAUUAAGGAGAAGAGUUUUGCAGAACUCUCAUCUUACUUAGAACACAUCAUUCCUCUCUUACGGGAGUUGAAUAUGAAGGGCAUUAGUGAUUCAGAAGGGAUGGAAAACUUUGUGGAGAUUCUUUACCGUGAGACCAAGUUUGCGAAACAACUGAUUGGGGAAUGCAAGGAGAGAAACCGAUUUUAUCUUUUUGUGAAUUCCAGGUCAAUCGCUAAGCGCAUAAAAGACAUUACCAGAGAGAUUGUGCAUGCAAUGAGUUGCAUUCCUUUGGCUUCUCUAGAUAUUUCAUUGGAGACCAGGGAAGAUAUUUACAAGCUGGUUAAUGACAUGCGAAAUGCUGAGUUCAAGGCUGCCAUUGCAGAAGAAGAAAUUUUGGAAAAAAUAGAAUCAGGAAUACAGGAAUGGAAUGUCGAUUGCUCCUAUGCCAAUAAAUUGCUUGUCUCUAUUGCAGAGGUUGUUGGAGCUUCAACUGAUCGAGGAGCAUUGAAAAAGGAGCUUGAAGAAUUUAAGAGUGAAAUAGAAAAUUUACGAUUGAGGAAAGACAAGGCUGAAGCCAUACAGAUGGAUCAAAUUAUUGCUUUGCUAGAAAGGGCAGAUGCAGCAACAUCUUUUGAGGAAAGAGAAAAGAAGUACUCAAUGAAGAGAACAUCUUUAGGUAAUCAGCCAUUAGAACCUCUCCAGUCCUUUUAUUGCCCAAUCACUAAAGAAGUAAUGGUUGAUCCUGUGGAAGCUCCUUCGGGACAUACAUUUGAGAGGAGCGCCAUAGAGAAGUGGUUGUUAGAGCAUGGUCACUCUUGUCCCAUGACCUUGACUCCACUAGAUACUUCAACGCUGAGGCCUAACAAAACGCUGAGGCAAUCUAUAGAAGAAUGGAAGGACAGAAACACCAUGAUCAUUGUCGCUUCCUUGAAAUCUAGACUAUCAUUGGAAAACGAAGAGGAGGUGCUUCAAUGCCUGGAACAGCUUCAAGAUCUUUGUGAACAAAGAGAAAUGCACCGAGAAUGGAUUGUAUUGGAGAAUUACAUACCCUGUCUUACUGAGCUUCUUCGUGCAAAAAAUGGAGCUAUCAGAAAGCGUGCUCUAGUCAUCCUUUGCUUGCUGGCAAAGGAUAAUAAUGAUGCCAAGGAAAGAAUUGCUAGAGUUGACAAUGCCAUGGAAUCUAUUGGUAAGUCUCUUGGACGUCACAUUGGGGAAGGAAAAUUAGCUGUGGCAUUACUCUUGGAACUCUCAGAAAGUGAAUCAGUGCGCAACUGCAUUGGCAAUGUCCAGGGCUGCAUACUUCUUCUGGUAACUAUGUUAAGCAGUGCUGACAAUCAAGCUGCCAGAUACGCAGAAAACAUUUUGGAUAAUCUUUCAUUCUCUGAUGACAAUGUUAUCCUCAUGGCAAAGAAUAAUUAUUUUAAAUAUCUCCUGCAGCGUCUUUCUUCAGGGCAUGAGGACGUGAAGAUCAGAAUGGCGAAAACUUUGGCAGAGAUGGAAUUAACUGAUCAUAAUAAAUCAUCUCUGGUCGAUGAGGGGGAGAUGAUAAGAAAAGGUGUUGUGCGUCCAUUACUCGACAUUCUCUCAUGUCACUUAUCAUCUCAAAGUUUGCGUGAACUUGUAGCUGCUGUUCUUGUGAAUCUUUCUCAAUCAACAGCACUUCAAAAUUCAGGAGAAUCACAAGUUUUGAUGUUGGAAUCCGAUGAGGACAUAUAUAAACUAUUUUCAUUAAUUAACUUAACAGGACCUGCUGUUCAGGUAAACAUUCUCCGGGUGUUAUAUGCCAUGUGCCUAUCUCCCUCUGGUACUACUGUCAGGGAAAAACUGAGACAGUAUUCUGCUGUGCAAGUGUUGGUUCAGUUAUGUGAGCUUGAUAAUCUGAAUUUAAGAGCAAAUGCUGUUAAGCUGUUAUAUUGUGUGACUGAAGAUAAUGAUGACGCUGCAAUCUUGGAGCACGUGGAACAGUCAUCAAUUGAGGUAUUGCUCAAAGUCAUGAAGACUUCUGAUGAUGAGGAAGAAAUUGCUUCUGCAAUGGGCAUUAUUGCUAACCUUCCCGAUCCCAUGCAAAUCUCUAAGUGGCUGUUGGAAUCAGGAGGUCCUCCUAUAAUUUUUCAUUUUCUUCCUAAUGGCAAGAAUAUUGAUCACCGAAAAAAUCUGUUGAUCGAGAAUGCUGUUGGAGCCAUAUGUCAUUUAACUGUUAAAACAAACCUAUCAUCACAGAAGAAAGUAGCUGAAGCUGGAAUCAUUCCAGUGUUGGUGCAGUUCUUAGAAGUGGGAACCAGUCGGACAAGAAGACGAGCUGCAAUUUCUCUUAGUCAGCUUUCAUCGAGUUCUCCUAUGCUCUGUAAGCAAAUUUCAAGGCAUCAGGGUUUUUGGUGCUGCUCUGCUAUACCAGAGGCAGGUUGCCCUGUUCAUGGAGGAAUUUGUACAGUAGAAUCCUCAUUUUGUCUACUAGAGGCUGGUGCUGUAGAACCACUUGUAAGAGUUCUAGGGGAGUCAGAACCUGGAGCCUGUGAAGCUGCUUUAGAUGCACUCCUGACUUUGAUUGAUGGUGAAAGGCUGCAAAGUGGUAGCAAGGUGCUUGUUGAAGCAAACGCUCUACCUAUGAUGAUAAAAUUAAUUAGCAAUCCUCCUCGAAGAUUGCAGGAGAAGGUUCUUAGUUCUUUAGAAAGGAUUUUUCGACUGGUGGAAAUCAAACAAAAGUAUGGACCCUCUGCUCAAAUGCCUUUGAUUGACUUGACACAAAGGGGGAACAACAGCUUGAGACCUUUAGCUGCCAGGAUACUUGCUCAACUAAAUGUGCUGCAUGAUCAGUCCUCUUACUUUUAA